UGCCUUAUGCUCUACACUUUUGACUUGGGGAGACUAAUGUUUACUCUUUAUGAUCUACACUUUAGACUUCCGACAAACAUCCAACUUCAAGCUUUGUCUCUCUCCCUUUUCGUAUUAAUAUUCGGAGCAAAUAAUGCAACAACAAUCUCACGAUCUUUGCGUUUCUAAAACCGAGAAUGAUUCCGAACAGGUACGUUUCGAUUUUGAUAACAACUGAUGAUUUUUGCUGGAAUCUUAUUUGGGUGAAUUCUUAUGAUUUGCAUACAGUUGGUGAACAACAGUGAACUUCAGAUUCAAAACGGGAAAUCCCAAAACUUUCUCUUCAAAUUCCUAUAAAGCCUCUGGUAUAUACAAAUUUUCAAGGUGGGGUUCACUUCAGCCUCAAAUUUCAUCAAAAUGUGGUGCAUCAUCUCCAGGAAGUAUCCUACGUGGUUUAAGCUUCAAGAAGAAAAGUAAUCCUCCUGAUGGUGAGAAAAGCCGCCUCUUAAAUUCAAAUCCACAAGCAGUCGCAGGAAGUUCAUCUUUGUCCAGGGCCAUGUGGGGGACAAGAUGUUCUUCCCUUUCAGGACCUGCAUUUGAAUCAUCCCCUUCAGUUACUACCCCUGCUUCUGCAAGAACUGCACGUGAAAAUCAGAGAUCAUAUAAAGGGGCUGUUCAUAAAAACGUUACAAGGUCAUUGUCAGUACCUGGCAGAAAUAUUGUUAUCGUGAGGUCCCCAUCAUUUGCGGCAAGUAUUGUGCAGAAUCAGCCUGAUCAUCCUGAUGACCAAAUAACUCCUGCCUCACCUGGUUGUGAUAAUGAUGAAGAGAUUCCUGAAGAUGAAGCAAUUUGCAGGAUUUGCUUCGAGGCUUGUGAAGAAGAAAAUACUCUUAAGAUGGAGUGUAGUUGUAAAGGUGCCCUACAGUUAAUACAUGAAGAUUGUGCAGUGAAAUGGUUUAGUAUUAAGAGAAAUAAGAUAUGUGAUGUAUGUGGGCAAGAGGUUCUUAACUUACCAGUGACCUUGCUUAGAAUUUCCUCUGAUGUGCAGAGGAACAAUGGACCAGUCCAAAGUCACCAGGCUGUAACUUCUCGAUCAUUUAGUGCUUGGCAAGAUUUUGUGGUGCUGGCCAUAAUAAGCAUAAUAUGCUAUUUUUUCUUCAUUGAGCAGCUGUUGAUCCAAGAUUUAAAGACUCGAGCAGUUGUGAUUGCAGCACCAUUUGCAUUUGCAUUGGGCCUCGUGGCAUCAAUGCUGGCUGUCUUCCUAGCAAUUAGAGAGUAUGUAUGGACGUAUGCAGCUAUAGAGUUUGCAUUUGUGGCCGUAAUUCUUUGUAUUUUCUACAGUGUGCUUCAUCUGAAUGCAGUCUAUGCUGUAAUGCUUUCAUCAGUGUUGGGAUUUUCGUUCGCCUUGAGCCUUAACGCGCUGUAUAUUCAUUUUUUUUAUUGGAGGAUUCGUGCUGCUGAGAGCUCCACCAAUGUAUGAUUUUAAGUUAGUAAAUUGAUGAAAUGUAAAGUAUUUAUUUAUUUUUUUUGAAAAAGAAAAACUAUUAUUUUGAGGGAUGAUGGUGUAUUAUAAUUUUUGAGAUUAUCCUUUUUUAUACAAUAAAAAUCCAACAUUCCUUAAUCUUUGGAUCUAUACUAAAAAUCUAGGAAUUGUUGGCAAAAUUAUUGAAUAAAAGAAGGGUGCAACAAGGUUAUAAAUGAUAUCAUUGUUUAAUGUUUUACUUGAGAGCUUGCCUCAGUACAAUAUUUCUGACCUUCUA